CAUUUUCCAUUUCAUUGAUUAUGCAACAUAGAGCAUUAAGCUCUUCCUGACUACCAUCUGCAGAAUACUUUGCAUUCAGCAGCAGAAACUCAGAUUCUUUCAGCUCUUUAUCAAGCAAUCUGACCUUUUCACCCAAAGUAAAGGCUUUUGAAUUGGCAAGAAUUAUUUUAUCUUCAGCAUCUCUCAAUUUGGAUUUUAGGAUGUUUGUCUAUGCAACGAGCAAGUCAUUAAAUUUUGCAUUGCUCCUUUCCAGCUUGCUCAAAGAAUAACAGAGUUCAAAAAUAAUAAUAUUUGUUCUAGAUUCUGAGAACAUAUAACAUUCUCAUGACACAACAUAGAAUUUUCAUAUUUCUUUAUAUUUGCUUGCUGCUUUCUCAGAAAUGGCUCUCUGUUUGUGCUAUCUAAUUUAGAUAUUGCUAAGUCAAAUUUACUAACAAUGACAUGCUAUGCAAAAUGUCUUUGGAUUUGGAUUGCAUCGAAUGCUCACAUAUUAAAGUCAUAGCUGAGAUCUCAGCUUCAAGAGCAGACCUUUUGGAUUUGGAUUGAUUAGCCAGAGACAAAUGAGUUCUCAGAUUUUACAAAAGCAUUGAUUUAGUUAUUAUAAUUGGAUUAGAUGUUUAUAAAACUAAAAAAAUUAAGGUGAUGAACUUGAGAUCUCCAAUACGGAUAGUUGGUGCGAGUGAGGCGAAGAUUCAAGGCCGCCAUGUUUGCAGGGUAGACAAAAGCAGCUGCUGGAUUCACUGGUGGAGCCAGAGGAGGGGGAGGAGGGACCACGGGUGCAGUAUUCUCUGGAGGAUCGACAAUAGGAGAGGGAGUCAUAGAGGUAGACACCAUGAAAGAAGCUUCACGAGAAAUGAGGGUGAAUUUGGGAUUGGUGGUGAGGGAAAAAGAGCCGAGGGCACUAAUACCAGUGGAGAAAAUGGAAAUGAAUGGAAAAACUCACCCAUUCUUCAUUGAGCUUAUUUAGAUAUAUAUAUGUUACAAUGGAAAUUAGAAAUUAGAGACUAACAACAAAUCUGUUGUAAAUUGUAACAGACCUAACAAAUCAUAAUAAAUCUCCUAACUGAGUAACUAAUUCCAGGUUCUGAUACAUGCAUAACACUUUAAGUUUUCAAUGUAGGAAUGUUGUCUUAACAUCCUGCUGUUCUGACUCCAACUCAAAUUGAUUCUCAUAUUUCUUCAUAAUGACAUGAUAUAUAUAUUAGUACAAAGUUCAAUAAACAAGUUCAACUCAAGUUCAUAAUGAAGAAGGUUACUCUGUGUCGUUCCAAGAUAGAAACAAAUAAUAUGCAUUCAAAAUCUCUUUUCAGCAACUACUUUAUACCCAGAUGCGUUUUUUAGUUGUUUCAUUCUAAUUAAUUCAAAAUAGACUACUAAGUUUCUUAUAUCCUUUUCUGUUCUGCUUUUGACCUUACUAUUCUGAGCAUCAAUUGUAGUUUGAGCGGCACAUAUAAUGAUACAAGGGCCACCAUCAAAAUGUUCUGUCAUAUCAAAAACUUUAGAAUCCUUCCAUGCACAGUUUACUUCAAGGCAUCUAUUUCAGCUUUUUCAUUGCUGGCUAUCAUCGUGUCUUGGACUUUGCCUCAAAUCGUUCAAAGAUGUUUCAAGUGAAUAGGAUUUUCAUUUUUUCUCAAAUUCUUCCUCAAGCUCUCUGAGAGAUUUUCUUUACUUGGGAAGAAGGUGGAAUUAAUGGCAAGCGAAUUGGCUAAUUCCAUUCAUAAGAAUGAUUUUGGUGAUAUGAAUGAUGAUAAAUAUCAGGUAUUCAUGGCUGAAUCACAAGACAAGUUUCAAUGAUGGGAAUGGAGUUGUGGCUGCCACUCUUGAAAAUCUUGAUAAAGAAAUCAUUGGGUCUUUGUUGCCAACUAGGCCAUCUUAUGUACGAUGUGUCCUCGAAUGCAAGGCUGUUGCUGUACGGAAUGUGGAAUCUUUUCAAGCAAGUACUCAAAAUUCUAGUGCAUCACCAUCACCAGCACCAGCAGAAAAAGCAUACUAUUGUUUGAUUGAAAAAACAGAGAUUCAUGCUGAUGAUGACGAUGAGUAUGAUGAUGACGAGGGAAGAAUGGACAUAAUUUUUGACAUGUUCUUGAAGGAAGCUCUGUGCCUCAAAUCCAGUUGUACUUAUCCGGCUCUAUCUCUAUCAGAAUUCCUCAUAAACAAUGAGCUACAAGUAAUUCAGAACGGUGUUGAGGAGUCAAAGAAGCAAGUGGAUGAUCUUAAAUAUAAAGUGGAUGCAGUGAUGAUACAAUUCCUAUCUGAAAAGCCAGAAGAAGAGCAAGAGGAACAGAAGUUGCAGCAAUAUCAGCCAGCAUUACAAGAUUGGACAAAAUUAGCAAUAGCAGAAUAUAUGUAUAGUUUCUCUGCUUCUUCUUAAUUAGUUAGUUGACAUCAGCCAUGUACUAGAUAUUUUAUUUUGUCAUGUUUAAUUCUAGAAAUUGAUUAUGAUGUACAUACUAGUCAAUAGUACUUACUGGCCAGUUAACAUGCUAUUUUUGAAUUCUUCAGCUGGUUUACAUUGAUAAAACUAGUACUUUAUUCUAAAACAAAAUGAACAUAUUGGUAUGUGUUAGGAAAUUUUUUCCAGAUGUUUGCCUCUUUGCUCUCAAUUACUAGAUGAAGAAAGAUAGA